AUGGAGCGAAGAAGCCUUUCCCCUCCUGAACCUUCUGUGCGGAGCAUCGCCUUGGUAUUGGGUCUCCUUACGGUCCUAACAGCGACGCAGAGAUGCGAUGGCUUUAAGGUUGGGGUGUAUUUGCCUGCUGCACAGGGGGGUGUCUCCCCCGAUGCGUUGCGUCAUCCGCCUGCUGGGCUAUACCCCACACAGCAGCACAAGGACCCAACAACAACAGCGCUCCGUGCUGCCUCAGCACCUACAAAGCCCCCCAUAAACCUGUACGCGCUGCUGCUGCAGGGAACGGCAGUUGCAUGCGAAAGAGACGGGAGCAAGAGAGCAGACGUUCUCUUCCGUCUGUGUCUCCCUUCUCUGUGUGCACUCUCUGCCCGCGUGGCACACGUCAGCAAACAGACUGGAAAGGCCGACACACGAGAAGAGACACAAGGAUCUGAGACAACGAAGGGAGACAGAGACGGGAGACAAAAAUACGUCAGGCAGAAGAGAUCACACAAAGAGGAGACACCCCAUACUUGUGAAUCAAGCAUCCACCUUUUGCCCUCUGUUUUGUUUUGCUUCAGCUUCUCGCGGCUGUCUCCUCUGAAGGUGCGUCUGGAGCACCGGGAGUUGGCGUCGAGUUACUCUGCGUAUGAGUCUCCAGCGGGAUCCGAUCCCGGGAUCGCAUUGGGAUCCGAUCCCGGGCCUUCGGCUGGCAGCGUGGGGUCUCCAGGAGGGGGGAUCGACGUUCACCACCUGGUGUUCUCUUACGACCCCUCUGUGGUGUCUGCAGAGACACAGCAGCCCUUUCGUUACCUUGAGGGACAAAGUGUCUCCUUUGUUAACCUCACAGACACCAGACAGCAACAGAAGGAGACGCCUGUCUCCGUUGCAAAGCCCAGACUCUACAGCGUCGCCUCUUCUCCAUUGGCCCCCGAACAAGGCCUCAAGCACUCGUUUUCGCUGUGCGUAAAGAGACACCGAUACAGAGGGGCAGAUGGAGAAGAAGACCCCUCUAAAGACGGCCUUUGCUCUUCUCUCCUCUGCUCGGCGCCAAUCGGCACAGAGUUUGAAGUGGCGGGACCCGUGGGGGCAUCGCUCCUGCUUCCAGAAGACCCAAAUGUCCCUAUUAUCUUCGCAUGCACUGGCACAGGAGUCGCCCCCCUCCGCAGCUUCAUGCGAAGGAUUGUCGCCCAGGGACGCUCUGGCCCCGUAAUUGCCUACGUGGGGGCGGCUACUGCAGCCAGCACACCGUACAAGAGAGAGUGGACAGCGCUGCAACAGCAGCUGCCGCCGUCGCUGCUGCAGCUGCACUUUGCGCUGUCCCGAGAGGCAAAUGCCCCAGAUGGGGGCCGGCUGUAUGUACAGCACCUCAUGGAAAGAGACGGAGACCUGUUGCUGCGUCUGCUGCGGGAGGGGGCCCCCCUCUACCUCUGCGGCCGCAAAGACAUGGUGCCCCCCAUCAAAGGGGCAAUUCAGGCCGCCUGCCUCCGCCACCAAGUAGAUUUUGCUUCCUUCUUCAAAUCCCUCAUUUCUAGCAAACGAUGGAAAGUUGAGGUGUAUUGA